GCAGGUGGUGGUGAGGAUGCACCAUGCGAGUAGGGUUCGAGGCCUGGAGACUCAACUGGUGUGGGCCAUCUCCAAGGAGACACACAGACUUAGUCCAGAGGGCAUCCCCUACUGUGCCACCAAGGUGCAGUCCAUCUCUUGGAUCCAGUAUGUGGCUGGCAGGGUGACCCAGUAUGCGUCUCACCUCCGCCACGAGACGUCUGUGGCCGUGACGCAUGGCUGCUACCAGCAAACUGAUGUCUCGGUGGUGUACGCCACUCUCCACAUGGGGCUGGAUGGGCUGCUCUCCUCCUCGGCGUGGUCGGAGGCUGCCUCCGUCUCUACGCCCACCACUCAGCAGUUCACUGAGCCAGAGCCUGAGGGCCACAACUGCUAUGAGGGCUGGGAGGAGGACCUGCUGCCUGAGAAGAGGGAGGUUCCUCUGCUAAACCUCUACCUUACCACCAAGAGAGUGGAGGACAUCGGCCUGAGGCUCGUCUCCCUGCGCCAGGCCUUUACUACCCUGCUCGGUUCCACCCUGAGCAGGAACCAUCUGUUUGUGGCGGGAAAGGUCCUACUGGGCGCACUGGUUCAGGUCCACCAGAUGGACGAGGCCGAAUUCAUCCGUGCCUAUAACGACUUUGUGGACUACCUGAGUGACCCCUCCAAGCAGAUUGACAUUGAGAGGGAGCUGGCUGAGGCAAAGAUCCAUCAUGUUAACCUGAUAGAUGUCCUUUUUGAGCUGGUGCUGUUUGGGAUGAUGACAGCUCAGAAAUCCCUGAUGGUGCAACCUGGUGGGUUCAUGGAGCGUCUGUACACUCUCCUGUACUCCUUCCUGCCCACUGUUGCCAGCAUUGAGCCAAAGGCUGAGAGAUACCUGUUGCUGCUCAAUGGCGGGCUGAUGGCUCUGCUAGAUGACAUGUUUGGGCAGCAGCUGGCCUGGUACUUUAACCGAGAGUCUCUGGUCACUGAGCUCUCCAGCCUCCUGGAGUACCACCUCGAGUACCUCAUGGCCAGCAUGUAGUCCUACUGCAGAGACCUGAAGGGCCACACUUCUCUUCUCCUCUAUCUCUCUCUCUCUCUC